ACAGCUCCAGACGGUUGGAAGAACUCUGUACGCCAUAACUUAUCCUUGAACAAAUGCUUUGAGAAAGUUGAAAACAAGUCAGGUGGCUCUUCUCGGAAAGGCUGUUUGUGGGCACUGAAUCCAGCCAAAAUUGAUAAGAUGCAGGAAGAGCUUCAGAAAUGGAAAAGGAAAGAUCCAGUUGCUGUGAGGAAGAGUAUGGCAAAGCCAGAAGAACUUGACACAUUGAUAGGAGAUAAGGCUGAAAAAUUAAGAUCUUCAACGGUGUCCUGCAAUCCAACUGGUGUGGCAAGUUCAACAGUUUCCAGACAGAUGUCAGUCCAGCCCCAUUCUAUGUCUGAGCCAUCCCUGUCAUCUAAUAUUCCACAGCCUUUACACGCUAUUCACACAACAGGUCCUCUACAUGCCAAGAACUCACUACCAAGUUUGCUUGGGGGGCACCAAACUCCAUGUUAUACAUCGCCACAGGUUUUCCCUCAAAUCUCACCUACCUUAAUGCAACAAUCACCUGGUAUCCCUCAGAGCAUCUUCCCUUCUGCAGAUACUCAAAUUGAACUCAGAGCACAACCUAGCACCACCCAAGACUCACCCUUGCCAGCCCAGACCCCUCCCAUACAUGGUAUGAAGAUGUUGACAGAGCACUCCACAGCCAGGACAAUGCAGGACACACUCAUGCAAGAAGCAGACAUGAGCAAUGAUAUUGAUGCUCUUAACCCUUCCCUGAUUGACUUUGAUCUCCAAGGAAAUCUUUGGGAAGAACUGAAAGAUGACAGCCUGGCUGUGGAUCCCUUGGUUCUCAUUUCAACAUCCCCAAUAUCCUCUCAGUGCUUCCCUUCUCACUAUCAGAUGGAUAGUAACAGCAGCAGCAGCAAUAACCUCACCACUCAGAAUAGCACUCCACAUAGCAGCUUACCUGACUUACAACUCACUACUCUUUACUCUGCCUUUAUGGAAUUGGAUACAGUAUCCACAGCCUACCUGAAUAAUUCUGGAUCCAAGCCUAUAGCACUAGUGUGA